UCUCAGACAACAACCUCUCAUGAAGGACCAGUACAGCACAGAUAAUGGAGUCAAGCCUGGAGCCUCCACAGGUCACUCAAACCCCACCAAGGUGUCCAGGACUCACAAUGAACUUCACAAGGAACUGCUACUAGCUCACAAAAAGGGUCUGGCACUAAGCAGCAGGUCAGAACUUCAGCAGGUGCUGGAGAGGAGGAAAAGAGUCCAGAGUGAUCGGGAUGAGGAGGGACAGAGCAGGACUCCUCUGGAGGAUGUGCUUCUCAGACGUCAGCAGAAACAACUUGAGAGGGAGAGAGAACAAGAUGAACAAGUACGUGGGGAAUCCCAGUUGAUGGAGUUUGUUAGAGUGCGACAGAACCUAAGAAAGAUCCACUCAGUGAUCCAGGACAAGGCUGCAAACACUUGAAGUGAUACAGAAGAAUGCAUCCAAAAUUUAAAAUGAUCUUUGGUCUAAGUAUUCAACAUCUGCUGCCCUUCACAGGCAACAGAAACAACAGAGCGCAUGCAAAAACACAAUUAGUAUAAACGACUUCAGAACAAAUCUUUUAACAGACCCACACAAAUUCACAGGUGCUUAUAGAAACAGCAUUGUUUUAUGGAAGGUUGAUCAAAUGUUCCAAGCCUGUGCAUGGAGCAUGCAGGCAACAUGUGCAAGCAGUAACUGUCAAGAGUCAGGAUGUCACGUGACACUGCACUAUCAAUAGCAGGACACAUAUGUCAAGCGCCAUCUGUGAUGAGCGCUGAAUCUCUUUAACUGUGUCGCAAUGUUGACUCUUCAACUUGUAUUUCAUUUUGGCAAAGAGAAAGAAAUCACAGGGCAUCAUAUCUUGCAAGUGGGGUGGGUCAGUUGUUGUGGAAAAGAAACAACAAAAAAAACAACUGGGCACUCAGCUCAUUGGAGCACAGAUCAGGUCGUUUGCGGUCAAUGAUCUUCAUCAGACACCUUGGAAUGUAACAGCAGAACUCUGCCUUGACAGCCUGACCCUGUGUGAUUAAGUCCUGACAAUCACAUGAAUGUAAAAAAAACAAAACAAAACAUAUGCUUCUGCUUUGUUCCUGACCGCUGUGAAAACUGCUGUUUCUUCUCUCAGUUUUAACUAUGGACCUAUCAUCAUAAUGGUCUUUUACAAGAAGGUUGGAUACCAGCUGCUGAAUGUGAUGUUUUUUCCUCUGCUCCAGCUUAGGCUUCAUUGGAGAAGGAGCAAAUGCACACCUACCAGUGGUCACAACAAUGUCUGCACAGGUCCCAAUGUUGACAGUAUUGCAUCAUGUUUUGAUGACAGGUCCAUGCACAAUCCUGGGACAUUUUGAUUAACCCUUGUAACUGUCAAGACAUGCAAUCUUCCUCUUUUUGUAUAAAUUACCCAUUUUUAGUUUUGCUUGGUGUCUUGGUCAUUUGAUCUUAUUUGGCUUGUCAGAUUUGGACUAAUAUUGUACUAUUUAAUUCCCAGAGACAAUGAAAGAAUCUGGCAAUAAUAUCUGGAAACUUUGCAAACAGUUGCAUGCAAAAAUUUGAGUACUUCUGGAUAAAUUACACAUUUUGUUGUGAAGUGUGUAGUGAAAAACUGAUAAUGUACUUCAGCUUGUCUUUCUAUUUGAACACAUUUGUAAUAGAUUUGAUGUCUAAUUAGGAUAGUUGUGCUGUUUAAGAAACCUGCCUUGUUUCACUUUUACUUUCAUAAACAAUUGUAUGAUAUUUGUAUCUAGAAGUUCCUGAUAUUUAGUGAAACACAUUCUUCCUUCUAUCCAUGUAAUGUUUCCUGUGCCAAUAACUGCCACACAUCGCUAAAGAUUAAUAUUUUUUACUUUUGUGAUUAACUCUGUGAUUAACUUUGUGUUUUCAUUAAAUACUGCUCCUUUUUUUCCUCCCAUCAUACCUUUGGUGAUUGAGACAAAAGAGCUGCAUUUUAAUUUUUUUUUAAAGUUAAUCUAUCAACAGCAUUUGUUCAUGAAAUGGACUGUCGUUUAUCCAGAUGUUGCUGUCCAGAAUGUACGGUGAAGAAUUUGUAGGAAGGUUUCCUUCUGAUGAUUUUAAUCUAAUUUAGACACACACUGCAAAGAAAAAUUUUUUUUUUAAAUGCUUUGAGUCAAUUUCACAAAAUGCAUUAAUUUGAUAUACCUAAGAAACAUUCUGUUUUAUUUUAUGUGCAUAGGUUGA